AUGUCUCCAAAUUUUCGAACCUGGCAAAUUUUAAAUCAUGUUAGAAAAGAAGGAUGCAACAUGAAUAUAAUAUUUAUCCUAAAUGCUGACCAAACAAUGAGAUUACUAAAAUUUAGCGAUAAGCAUAGAAUGUUGGAUUCUAGAACAAAAUUCAUAUUAUUACACGAUCGUAGACUUUUUACAAAGCAACAUCAUACUAUAUGGACAAAAAUUAUAAAUGUUGUGUUUAUUAGAAAAUAUCGUCUUAAAGAAAUGUAUGAAUUAUCCACUGUUCCAUAUCCUGCUCCUAUCAAAGGGGCAUUGGUUACGCUGAGACUAGACAUAUGGAAUAAAAGAAAUUUUCAAAAAAAAACAGAUUUAUACACAGACAAAGUUUCUGAUCUACAAGGAAAUUUACUUAAAGUAGUUACUUUUAAUUAUAUUCCAUCUGCAAUAAAAAAUUCAAUAAUAAAUGAAAAUGAAGAAAAUUCUGGCUAUAUGAAGGGUUUAGAAAUUGAGGUUCUUAAAUCACUUGGAAGUGCAAUGAAUUUUAUUCCAGUCAUUUAUGAACCAAUAAAUUGGCGUACUGAACAAUGGGGUAAAAAGCAAAUGAAUGGAACUAUAUCAGGAUUGCUAGGAGAAGUAUGGUCUGCUCGUGCUGAUUUGGCACUGGGUAAUUUACAUUACACACCAUAUCAUCUAAAUAUUUUAGAUCUAUCCAUUCCUUACAACACGGAAUGUCUAACAUUCUUAACAUUUGAAUCAAAAACUGAUAACUCCUGGAAAACAUUGAUUCUUCCUUUUAGAUUAAAUAUGUGGGUUGGCGUUCUUAUUACACUUCUUAUUGGAGGUUUUUUGUUUUAUGCCCUUGCAACAGCUCACAAACAUAUUGAAGAUAGCGAAAACUCAAUUAAAAUGAUACAAUGUGAUACUCUGAAGACAAAAAUAUUAGAAAAGAAACCUGAACUACUAACAAAAAAUAAAUCAAUUAAAAAAAGUAUUAUAGAUAUGAUAAAAAAUAAAUUUGAAAAACCAAAAAUAAUCAAACAACAAAAAUGUAUCAACAACCAUAUAAAAAAUAAAAAAUUGAAUCAACUCACAAACAAAGAUGUAAUUGGUUUAUACUUGUUUGAGGAUAUAGGGAAUAGUAUUUUAUAUACUUAUGGGAUGUUAGUAGCUGUAUCAUUGCCAAAAGUACCCAGUGGAUGGGCCAUAAGAAUUUUAACAGGUUGGUGGUGGAUGUACUGUUUAUUAGUUGUAGUUGCUUAUAAAGCUAGCAUGACUGCAAUCCUAGCUAAUCCAGAUACAAGGAUUACAAUUGAUACAUUGGAUGCUCUUGCUGAUAGUAACAUUAAUUGUGGAGGAUGGGGAGAGCAAUCAAAAGAAUUUUUUAUGACAUCUCUAGAUAAAACUGGACAAAGAGUUGGUCAAAAGUUUCAAGAAGUUUAUGAAGUCGAUAAAGCUAUUGAUUUGGUAUCUAAAGGACAAUUUGCAUACUAUGAUAAUAUACACUUCUUGAGAUAUGUAAAAGUGAUGCAAAAUACCAAAACAUAUGAAAUAAAUUCCCAGUUCAUUAAUGGCACACUGAAUGGUACAAGUAAUGGAGAUUUUACUCUACAUAUAAUGUCAAAAUGUAUAAUAAAUAUGCCAAUAUCAUUAGGAUUACAAAAGAAUUCUCCAUUAAAACCAGCAGUUGACAGAUUCUUAAGAAGAGUUAUAGAAGCUGGAUUAGUGAAAAAAUGGUUAAAUGAUGUUAUGUUGGACACAGUAAUACUUGAAGAACCACAACAAAUUGAAGAAGUUAAAGCACUUAUGGACUUAAAAAAACUUUAUGGGGCAUUUGUUGUUUUGGUUGCUGGUUAUAUUUUAAGUAUAUUGGUUUUAUUAAUUGAAAUUGGUUAUUGGUAUGGAGUGGUAAAAAAAGAUCCACUAUUUGAUGAGUAUUCAUUAAACUGUUAUUAUGCACAACAAUAG